CUCUUGUUCCCUCACAGCACAGACACCCCCAUCCCAGGACCAGGUGCAUCCCCCUAUACAAUGAGACUGACCCCCCCCCGAAGUCCAGUGCAGUCCCCCUGCAUCUGCCCUUCCUUGGGCACCAGGGACAGCAGAUCCCUCACCCAGUGUAAAAUCCACCCCUUCCCCAGAACCAUCUCCUCCACGUUACAAAGCCCCCGGGGGCUGUGCAUCCCCCAUACAAUGGCCUGCUGCCCCUGCCCCCCGCAUCCCAUGCAGUGCCCAGGGCACCAUGGACAGAAGCUUUCCACCCCAGCCAAGACCACAGCUUGCUCCUAAGCCUGGGCAGGCAGCACUAACUGCGGGGAGGCGUUAGCUGCAUACUGGCUGGGCUGGGGAGCCACGCCUGGGACAGCAGAUCCAGGGAAAGGGCAGCCACUCGGGGGAAGACGUUCGCCUGGGACUUGGGAGGCUGGCCUUGGGUUCCCUGCUCUGCUGUACACCUUGACCAGGUCCUUCAAGGCCAGAUUUUUAAAGGUAUUUAGGUGUUGCAAGGCCUAGAGGAUUGGAUAUAGGCUCCGAAGCGCCGACACGAUGAUGAGAUACAGGCUCCUGAAUCUGCAAGCUCCUGGUUCUCCACUCCCGGUGUAAGAAAUCAGUCCAGGCCCCCAGCUGUGUUACAUGCUUCGGGUGCGAGCUGUGGUGAUGACCCGAGACGACUCGAGCGGGGGAUGGGUGCCCAUGGGCGGGGGCGGCCUGAGCCACGUCACGAUCGGCAAGGUCCGGCGCCCAGAGGAGGGCGGGCGACGGCGCCAGUACCUGAUCUGCGGGGAGCGCCUGCGCGACCAGACCACCAUCCUGGAGUGCGUGCUGAAGAAAGACCUUGUCUACAACAAGGUGAACCCCAUCUUCCACCACUGGAAAGUCGGCGACAGCAAGUUCGGCCUCACCUUCCAGAGCCCCGCCGAUGCCGCAGCCUUCGAGCGGAGCGUGCAGGCCGCCCUGGAGGAGCUCGCCGAAGGUUCUCUCUCCUCCUCCUCCUCCUCUUCCUCCUCGUCUCAGGAUGACGCCGACAGGACGGAUGACGCAGGGUUGAUGCACACGGACAGCGAAUCCUCCUCGAACAGCCGGAAGGAAAUGCUCCCCAAACACAUCACCAUUGUGACCAGCGAGUCCUCCUCCAGCUGCUACAUCCGCUCUCCCGCCUCCGAGGAGUUUGCCUUCAGCACGGCCCAGGGGUCGACACCAACCAGCCAGGGAGGGCAGGUGCAGACCCAGCCCCUGCAGCACGUCACCCUGCAUGACGAGGAGGAGCUGGAGAGCAUCAACCCGUGCAAGGACCUGUGGGUGAGCAAGGGCUAUGAGGACUACAGGCGGGCGGCGGUGCAGAAGCGGGAAGCCGACCCCGACAAGGUCGGCAUGUGCGUGCACUUCGAGAAGGGCAGCAAGGAGCGCCGCUUCCCGGCAGCGGGGGGAGGCGGCGAGGGCCGCCUCAGAGACCCCAAGGGCUCCCCGUCCUGCCGGAUCCACGCCGCCCCUUCGCCCCCCAAGCAGAAGCACGCCAAGGAGCCGGGGGCCAGCGGCGGGGCGGGCGCGGAGGAAGACGCUGUGCCCUCCCGCUGCGUCUAUUGCCGGGACGUCUUUAACCACGAGGAGAACGGGCGGGGCCAGUGCCAGGACGCGCCGGACCCCAUCGGGCGCUGCGUCUACCAGCUCACCUGCAUGUGGUGUGCCGAGAGCAUGCUCUACCACUGCAUGUCGGACUCGGAGGGCGAGUACUCGGACCCUUGCUCCUGCGACCUGGGACACCCGCACUUCUGCGUCCGCUGGAUGGCGCUGGUGGCUCUCUCCCUCGUCGUGCCCUGCAUGUGCUGCUACCUGCCGCUCCGCGCCUGCCACUGGUGCGGGGAGCACUGCGGCUGCUGUGGCGGGAAACACAAGGCCGUGCGGUGAAGCCAGCCGGCGUGCGGCGCUCGUCUUGGCUUGGCUGGGGGGGAAGAGAGGCGAGGAGAUGGAGGCAGAGUCUUAAGUGGCGGCAGGGGGUCUGAUUCCCCCUUCUCUUGCACGCCCCACCCCCCGUGUCCCGUGUUUGGAGGGGGAGGGGCUAGGCGGUUUUAUUCCGAGUGUCGGGCGUGGCCGGUGAGUUUCAUUAUUUUUUUUCCUUUAAAAUUUCAACAUUUUGGGUCCUUUUUUAUAAAAAAUAAAUACAUGAAAAAGAAAUGAAAGAAAAAGAAAACAAACAAAAUGAUCGAACGACAGUCUCAGGAGAGAUGGGUAGAUGGUCGUGACGGGGGGCAGUUUUAUAUCCUCCCUUCCUCCUAGCUGGGGGAGGGGGGGACACACUCAGAAAAUUUAACCCCUCCUUCACCCAAUCCAGCUGUGUCCACACACCUGUUUGUGUGUGUGUGUGGGGGGGACCAAUAGACUAUGUAACCCCCUCCUUCCUUUACCCAGCCUGGGUGAGUCACAGGGAUUUCUUUUCAAUUUUAAAAAAGGAAUACAAAGAACAACAGAAGGAAAGAAAAUAUCAUAAAUGGAUACUUGUUGGAUUUUUAUUUUGUACUCAGGAGGAAGUCCAGGGAGCAAGAGAAACUAAUUUGUGCUGAAAAUGCCCAUAUUUAAAAAACAGAAAAACCAAAAAAAACCCCUUCCCUGCUGUAUUAUAUAGUAAACUGCAUGGGGAGAAGUUUAACUUGUGGAACUGCCCGCAACAUGAUUUUUCCACCGGAGCACGGUCCGAGAUCCUGCAGCUUUAUAACCGCACAAUACUGGGGUGUCCUUUUAACAAGGACGACGGGCAGACAGGGUUCGAUUUACAGGGUACACAAGCUGCAGCAUCCCUCCAAUUUUUGUCCCCCAUGCUCACCCCCAAAUACAGUUCCCGUGGUUUAUUUCUGGGUCCCAGACUGAACAAUGAAGUGUUUGGCAGGCUACCAUAUCCAGGGAAGUUAGGGAAGGGUUUUCUGCAGCUCCCCAUGUGACACCCCCUUCCCCGUUCAUGUCUGGCACCGACCUCUGUUUUACCCCAGUCACCACAGAGCAGAGAGCUUGUACAAUUCCCCUCUCUCCCAGCAGGACAGGGGUAAGACCGCGAGGCCAGCCUGGCCCCCGGGGGCGAUGGAUUGGGGAGGUCUCUGGACUCCAUGGGAAUCUCCUCCCCCACCCAGUGGGCAAAGAUGGGUUGGGUUUCGAGCCCACCUGAUACCAGGCAGAGGGAGAUAGAUGCUGCAGGGGUGCCAGGCAAAAUCUCUUGGGCAAAGCACCAGUGGCAGGGCAGAGUAUACCUAGAUCAUAGCUUCUUAAGCCCAGGGUCGCGCCCGGCCUCCCUGUCAUUGGCGCAGGACGGGAAGGGGAGUCAGACCCCGAAACUGUUAUUUACGAGCUGUUGUAACGUGGGGUCGUGGUGGUCGCCCAAGUCCCAAACAAAUGGGAGCCGUGCAGCCGCUGCUCUCUUUGUAUUAAACCCAUUUGGGACGUCUUACUGCCGAAAAGAGGAGCUGGAUUCCUAAGGAGUUUGGGGUGGAAGAAGUACUGGACUUGGGAGUCAGGACUCCUGGGUUCUCUUCCCAAAUCGGAGUGAGGAUAUGAUCUAGUCAGUGAGUUAGAGCAGGGGGGCUGGAAG